UGCAGCUCUCCGUGUGUGCGAAAGGAGGGACAGAAAAAAAGGAGGAAAAAGAAAAACCUUGUGCAGCCGCAGAGCAAAGAGUCCUCUUCGGUGACUAAAUGUGAUGAUAUUUUGUGUUGAAGUGUGAUAGAACUGUCGUUAGAAACGGAGUGUGAAGCGAAACUCACCUGGUAGCACCUGGUAGAAGUGAGACUGAUCACGGGAGCAAUUCGGACGAGUGUUUCCCGAUCUUUCUGGACUAUUCUGGCUGGUCUUUAGUGAGCGACGAGCUCUUCGGUUCAAUUGUGAUUCCACACUACCGCCGCUGCCGUGGGGAGGCUCUUGGUUCAACUGCAACCCGCAUCACCGCCAUGCUGCAUGGAGGCUCUUGGUUCAACGGGAUCACAGUGUGGAUACCAGUGUGUGACCGACGAGCAAAUCUUCAGGCUCAUCGACCUGUGUGUCGAGCACAAGCAGCUCUUCACAGGGAGGAGAGGCACGGCGAAGAAGGCCUGGAGGGAAAUAAUGCGGUUACUGGGCGUGGAGGGAAAGAUGUCCCCAGCCCAAGUGUCAAAGAAGUGGGACAACCUUAAGAUCCGAUACAAGAAGCUGAGUAACCCACCGACGGGCACAGGGACAGACGGAGGGGAGGACACAGCAGCCACAUGGCCAUUCUUUCCCCGGAUGCACAAGGCCACCGGGACACGGCCCUCCAUCAAGCCGCCUGUCCUGAUGGACUCGUGUGACCGGGAAGAUGAGCCUGUGGCUGCUGUGUUCUCCAGAGGCCCAACAUUCCCUGGAGCUGCUACUUGUGGCCAGGCAUGUGAGGAGGAGGAGGAGGAGGAGGAAGAGGAUGCUGCACAGCCUGGCACAAGUGGCAGCACCACCACACAGGGGGAUGAUGGGCCAUCCACCUCUGACUGUCCCCAACCCAAGAGGCAGCGGACCACCAGAGGGACAGUGCUGGCGUUCCUCAAAGAUGAGGCUGCCAAAGACAACGAGCGCCUUGAGGACAUGCAGCGUGAUAGGAAGCGGUUCUUGGACUUGUUCGAGGAGGUGGCCAAGAAGUUUUGAGUUUGUUUUUAUAUCCUCCUCAAUUGAGUUUCUGUGCUGCAGUGUUUUCAGUUAGACUUUAAUUUUGUUUUGAUAAGUACCUGCUAGCAGUGUUUUCAGUUACUUUAAGUUUGUUAUAUUGAUACCUCGCAGUGAAACUGCAGCAUUUCAAGUUGCAGUAUUUAUUUUGUUAUAUUGAUACCUCGCAGUGAAACUGCAGCAGUUCAAGUUGCAAUAUUUAUUUUGUUAUAUCGAUACAUCUCGCAGUACAACACACAUUUAACUUUUGUACAGUGUUAUAUGCAUUCUGUGUCACAGUAU